AUGGAGGACGAGAGCAGCCAGGACUCAAGCGUGCAAUAUAUGAACCUCUCCGACGACAAAGCCAUGCAUUACCGGAUCCCUGCUAGCAUUGAAGACCAAGACUACAGUGGCAUUGAAACAUCACCCAGAGUUCUUUGCCAUCAACAUGGUGUGGCGGUUGAGAGGCGUGUAGCAUUUGAAGCAUUUAACACGGGCAGGAGGUUCUUAGUCUGUCCUAAGAGUGAAGAUAACAACUGUGAGGCCAACUAUGACAAAUUGGUUGAAGAUGUGCACCAACUAUUCAAUGCUCAAGAGGAUAGGAUGGUAGAUUUCAGCUAUUUGCAGGCUAAGAUGCAGAAUGUGCAUGUUUCUGAUUCAGUUGUAUCUGACAUGAAGACAGAGAUGGGGAAGAAAGAUGCAGGAGAAGUUGAUGAACUCAAAAAAUCUAAGGAAAAGCUCACCCAGGAGAACACCCAGCUGCUCCUUCACAUGGGUGAUCUCAAGAAGGGGCAUGACAAGCUCACAGCAAGGAGGUAUCAGCUAAAGAUUCAGAUUGCUGAACUGUUGAAGUCAGAGGAGAAGAACACGCAGAAAUUGAAGGGGAUCCUGGACAUCUUGUCAGAAUGA